AAAGCUUCUUGGCUUAUUUACGACCGUUUAUCACAAAUUCAGCUGAUUUGUAUUCUUCGCAAUGCUACCUCAUUAUCAUAUGAAUAAUGGAUGAAAUUAUUAUACCAAAAGGAAGAGUCGUUGAGGUGAUUUCGUUCCUAAACGAUCAAGAUGCUCAAGCACGCAAAAACAGGGGGAAUCUCAAAACAGCUCUAGCUGUUGAAACGAUAGAAAAUUAUGCUCGUCGGGAAGGAUUGUCUGGCGAUUUGAUCAUUGAACUUGUAGACCUUGCUUGCAGCAAGAAAUAUAAUGAAAACAUUUCUGGAAAAAUUAUCAAGUCUCUAAUUCCUGAAGACUGUGUUCCAAACCUUGCAAUUCUGAAAGUGAUUUCUUGGAUAUGCACAAAUACACUGUCAAGUAACUUCCAGGCACUACUUCUGCGAUGGAUUAUUGUUGUAUACAAGCUUAUUGAUGACAUUUCAUAUCUGCAUUCUUUGUAUGGCAUCUUGUUCCUUUUUCUUGAAAGUGAUGUUKUGUGUCCACAUGCUUGUUUGCUGCUCUCUCACCUCACAAGACAAGAUGAUGUAAAACAUUUCAGAAUCAAGAAAUUACUAAACCUGCAAAGUCGGGUGGGGCCCCAACGACAUUUGACAGGUCUGCUGUCAGUUUACAAAAUGUUCUGUCCUCAUUUGGUAUCCAUGGCAACACCUUCAAACUCUUCGUGGUUCAAGACAAAAGAUAAAGGUUGGUGUGAAGCAGUAGCCAAAAUACAGGCCAAAAGAAGUUCUAGAAUCUCGCCUGAGAGAUUAUUCAUCCACAUAAGAGGACCAUCAAGCUCUAUGUCCAAGAGAAGAAGGAUAGGUGUGAAGCCUUGUCCAACCAAAGUGCAAUGUGUAGAUGAAACAUGUACAAGCAAUCGGUCCAACAAGAUGUCUAUAGUGGAUUUGAAUGACUUUAAUGAUUUAUUGGAAAAUAUUGACAGAAUUGAGUUUCCAAGCCAAAUAGGCUCUGUUCUUGAGUCUCCAUUCCUGCAACACGUGUUGUGCUGUAACCCAAGUAGUAUAACUCUUCAAAGAUUGAACUUCUGGCUUUACCAGUUUCUGCAUCAAGCAUUUCUCCAACAAGAAUCAACAGGAAAUGAUGAAGCAGAGAGCAUGAUUCUUCACUCUUUGAUUCAAAUGACAUCUUUUCUACAGGAGUCAAUACCAGCCAUGGAGGUAUGGUUAAUGCAAUAUCUUCACACCUGGAAUAAUGAGGAUUAUAGAACUCUUAUCCUGGAGCUCAUCAAAUAUUUGAAAAUGCAUCCCUUUGUUAAGCUGAAUGAAUUAUUUUUAGAGCCAUUAAGGAAGCUUUUCUUUGCAUCGUCAGUAUAUGUCAAGUCACAAGUACUGUGCUGUUAUACUGAACUUUUGAGAAAUUUUGCUYCUAUUGAAUUACCAAGAGCUCAGCAGUUACAAGAUGACACUUUACUUUCUAAAAGUUCUUCUGUCUUUCUUGAGGAAAAACAGACCAUAAAUGAUUAUCCAGAACAAACCAUUUAUGAUUUCAUUAAGUAUGUGGACCGCAUGUGUGUUGUUGCAUUACAGGUAGAAAAAGACCAUCCUUUGCUACAGCAUUGCAUUUUGAACUUCUUUGAGCUGGUUUCUGUGRUGCAUACCCGUUUCAAAGUUCCAUUCGUGGUCAUUCCAUCACCACCCAUAGUUUAUCAACUAUUUUUUMCUGAAAAUGCCAUGGCAUGCUCUAGGAUUUGUCAAAUUAUUGUCAAUUAUAGGGAAACCUUUGUUUCUCUGAAAAGCUUUGAGAAGGAUCAUCCUGGUCCCAGUUCUAUACCAAAUAGUGGAUCAAGCAUACAAACUCUUAAUCAGUACAUCUUGGACAUCAGUGAUAGUCUUUGGAGGAACAAAGCCUUUUUAGACACUGAGAAAUCUUUAUGCUUUAGCAUGCCAUGGGAUGCUGAAAACGUAGACAUACCACACAUGAAUGAACGGUUUGCUKUUCAUCAUCAUCCUGCACUUGUUGGUUUUGCAUGGACUUUCCUUCAACAGACACAACCAGAAGAUGUUUUAUUAAAUCCUAGUCUUAUCAAGGGAAAUGUCAGGCAAGCUUACCUAGAGUAUCUUGUUCAGGUGAAAYUACAAGGAGUUGUCUCUUUUUUGGAGACAUUUAUUCGCCAGAGGAAGUAAUGUACAAGUUAUUAUAUAAUGUUUAAUCAGUGGCACAUCAAGAGAGAGGGUGCAAUAUCAGACAAUAACAAUAUGUCAUGGUACURAUUUGCUUUGCCUCCAGUGGUAAUUUUCARUAUCACCAUUUGGCAUAUAGCGUUUUCCUUUUUGCUCCAAWAACACAACUUCUUCUAUGAGAAAUUYUGGUGAURRAACCUGGAUUUUGGUGUCUUUCACAAGUACUGUGUUUUACGUYAAAUAAUCACUCUGAAACAGCUUUUAAGUUUUAGUUUUUAAAGCCUUGUGAUUGAGCUAAUAUUAAGACAUCUCGAUAAGCCAUUCAAGAGGAUCGGGUCUGAAAUGUCUGAUCUUUGAAUUCAAAUGUGUCCAUCAUUGUUUAAGAAGUGUAUUAUUUUAAUAAUAUAUGUCAAUUGCAAUGAAACUCAUUUUUACCAAUUAAAAUUAACCCAAAUGAAACAUGAUUUUUUCCACCAGUAAGAUAUUAAAACUAUAUAAUUGUUUAUACAAUAAGUACACUAUGAAUGAUACUUUAUGAUUGUGGAUUCAACGAAGGAAAAGGAAGUACACUACUAGUCUCCUCAGAUGCAAGGAGAUUAAGUUAACUACUGGAAAGGUUAUAUAUAAUAAAGUUACUCCCACUAUUGUGACAUAAUA